AUGCCCCGAGUCGCUUCGGAAGACCGGAAGCGUGCCUUUCAGCCCAAGACGCGUACCGGCUGCAUAACCUGCAAGUCCGUCCCCCAUAUCCUGGAAAUACCCUUGCUGACUGUAUGCAGGAAACGACGGGUGAAGUGUGGCGAGGAGCGACCGGCCUGUCGGCGAUGCACCUCAACAGGCCGCGUCUGCGAUGGUUAUAACGAGCUGACAUCUACCACUCCUAUCCAAGCAAUCGAGCGACUAAGCCCAUUCACCGAGACGGUCAUCACCCAACCGUGCAGCAUUCCAUCCUUUGACCUGUUUUCCUGCGACCAGGAGCGCCAGUCUUUCCAAUUCUUCCUGCUGAAGACCGCUCCGCAGCUGGCUGGCGACUUUGAGUGCGCAUUCUGGGAACGCCUGCUAUUGCAGUCUGCACACCACGAGCCGGCCAUUCGCCAUGUCAUAGUUGCUCUAGGCUCAUUGCAUGAGCAUUUCGAGUACGAUACAGGACCUCCCUUUGCCUCCAGCGCUCUCGCUAUCCGCAACCCCUUUGCCUUGCGCCAGUACAUGCGCGCCAUGCGCUGUUUAAUGCCCUCACUGGACAGCUCUCAGCCCAUUGACGUGUGUCUGAUCUCGUGUCUGCUAUUUGUUUGUUUUGAGGCCAUGCGCGGCCAUUACGGUUCGGCCAUUGCCCAUAUCACCAGCGGACUAAAGAUCCUCGGUGAGCUUCGAACCAACACAUCCAGAUCUUUUACAGGCUUGAGCUCAUGGCGCACACCAUAUGUACCAAUGAACAUCCUGUGUGGUCUUUUCACGCGUCUCCAGGCACAGACGGCUGUGACAAACCAUAAAGUCAGUGCAACACGUUUGAACCUCUGGCCUGAGGUAGCCAUUGACUUGAAUCAACCCGUCGUGUUCCAUUCCUUGGCCGACGCACGCGAGAUGCUCGAGAUAUACGCAUACUACUACCGGCAGCGCAGUGCGGAGCUGGAGGACCUAAAUAUUGAGGCAGAAUCACUACCUGAGAGCAGUGCCGCAGAAUUUGACAACGAAAUCACUCCCGCAACCGUCAGUCUGCGCGAUAACUCGCUCUCCUUGCUAACGCGAUGGUCAACCGCGCUAGAUGAAUUCCUACUCGAGCGCGGAAACUUUCUCACGGACCGUGAGCGCCGCGGGGCCGCAGUCCUCCAGCUGCGCCAUAUUGACUGCUUUAUCAUGCUCGAUGUCUCCCAGCCCACGGGCGGACUUGAGGCAGGCGACCAUGUUAAGUGGGACAAGUACUGUCCCUUUUUCGAACAGAUGGUAUCCCUAGGCGAGUCAAUCGUACCCUGUUAUGCUUCUUCUUCUACGUCCUCGUUGCCGUCUCCGUUAUCGCCAAAGACCUUUUCUCUCGAUCUCAACAUUAUCGCAGCCAUGUUUAACGUCGCCGCACGAUGCCGCGACCCGCACAUCCGACGGCGUGCUGUUCGUGUUCUUCGCACCGCUGCUAUCCAGGAAGGAAUUUGGAAUAGUUCCCUUGUUGCAACCAUUGCAGAAAAAUGGAUCGAUAUUGAGGAGGAGGGGCUAAUUGCCGUGGCAAGCUAUACAGAUGUGCCCGCUUCGGCGCGGUUGUCACAUUUCUUGCCCGUAUUUGAUGUCGACCAGCCCAGUGCGAUAGUAUAUUUUAGCCAUUCGGCAACCAUGGAUUCAGCGACUGUACGGAGAAAACUGUUACAGUGGUAA